AUGGCUCAGCAGUGCUGUGCUGCUGCUAUGGCUUCCAUUCCCUCUACACGGCCAACAUUCAGCCAUCAACUCCCCACCGCCACCUCUUCCAUCGAUCUAGUCCAGAUGCAAUCCACUCAGAACAGCAUUAUCAACCACCAAGCGCUCAAUUUCAGCCAAUUACCUUCCUCAUGUGGCUUUAUCCGUUGA